GUAUCCGGAGGAAGGAAAGUAAACUCCAAAAUGGCUGCAUUGCGUGGUCAUGAAUAAGAAAGAAAAACAAAAAAGAGUCUUUAGUAUUUGGAGUUUGUGCUAUAUUCUCGAAUAAAGUUGUGCUUAUUUAAUUAUUUUUAAGACAUGGCAAGCACGUUGGACUUCAGGACUCAUGCUGACCAGUCUUGUAGAUAUUCAGAAGAAUUUGUCAACAUUUAUUACGACUGCAUGGAUAAGAAAAGGAGGAACCUGACCCGGCUCUACCUGGACAAAGCCACUCUGGUGUGGAACGGGAAUGCAGUGUCAGGGCAGGAAGCUCUGAGUGAAUUUUUUGAGUCCCUGCCAUCGAGCGAGUUCCAGGUCCAAACACUGGAUUGCCAGCCUGUUCAUGAACAAGCAACCCAAGGCCAGACGACUCUGCUCGUGGUGACUGGUGGAAUAGUCAAGUUUGAAGGCAACAAGCAGCGUUUCUUCAACCAGAACUUUCUCCUCACUGCUCAGGCGUCACCUAACAACGACCAGCCCGUCUGGAAGAUUGCGAGUGACUGUUUCCGAUUUCAAGACUGGAGUAAUUGAAGCUUUUUUUUUUUUUUUUUGAAGUUUUGUAAUAGAACUUAAUUUUGAGGAAACUGUUAAUUAAAGAAAAAAAAAAUUCUACUAAGAUUGCUCAUUUAGUCCAUCCUUCGAGAAAGGACAUAACUAAGACCACUCAUUUUUUUAUUCCCACAUUGUUCUGUAGAGGGUCACAAGUGUUGCUGGAGCCAGCAACUUUAGGCUGGACUUUUACACCCUGGACAGAUCACAGGGCUACACAAACAUUUUUAGUUUUAAAGGACAGUUUAGAAUCACUAUCAACAUAUGAUUCAUGUUUCAGGACUGUUAGAAAAAGCCGAAAUCUGAACAGAACAACAUGGACUCAGCUGGGAUUGGAACCAGGGCCUGCUCAGUGGGAAGGGACCGUCUUAACAGUAAAGGUUGGGGGUGUAGGAGUAGGAAGAGGGUAUGUAAACAGAUAACUCCCAGCAACAGGGAUGCUCUGCAGAAUCUGUAUCCUGGAAAAUGAUAGUCUUUUUUAUUAUUAUUUUUACUAAAAACUUCAAAAUCAUAAUUAAGACAGCUUGAAAUGCUUUUAAAAUAGAUCAAAAGAUGAUCGAAGUCAGACUUUAAGAGUGGAGUUUCAAAAACAAAAGCCUUUUUAGAGUCUUAGCUGGAACCAGACAUGUUAACUGAAAUGUCAGCAAUUCAAUACUUUUAGUGUUAUUUGCUAAGACAAAAAAGAAAAAAUGGAAAAUAAUAAAGACUUUUAUUUAUUUCACUCGGUGUUGCCUGGAGCACUUCCAAGUAUAAGCAUAAUUAUAUGAGACAGAAAAACUGACUCCAACAGUCAGAUCAGUGUCUCCAGUCAAACCUAAAUUCCUUCACAGCAGGUUAAAGUGCAGUUUUUUUUACACUGGUUUUUAGGCUUGAUUUAUGACUUUAGGGAUGGAAUUUGUUAAUGUUUAGUGAAUGAAUUUAGAGACUGUGAAUGAUCUCAUUCUAUUGGAAGUGGGAAAUUUUUCACCCUAGCUUAGGUCAGUUUUAUUGUCUGACGCAGUUUUUGUUACAUCAGCUUUGGAUGCUUUACAAAGUCUAUCUCCAUCAUCAGGUCAGCAUGUAUUUAAACCAACAAAAAAGAUGCUUUUGGUAAAUUCACAGAUUUGAAAAUUUGAUUUAAUAAUAAAAAUCUGGAACAUUCACAGGCUAAACCUGUAAUUUUGAAGUAGAUUAAGAGUUAACUGACCCACCUGAUGAGUCACAUCAAUCUAAGUCAUUAAGAAGACAUAAUAUUGAGCUUUCAGUUAAUUUAUGCCAUAUAAAUUAUUCACCCAUCUUCUAAACUCAAUAAAUCCCCUUAUGGAUCACAGGGUUGCUGGAGCCUUUCCCAAGCCACUGUUGGAGAAAGUCAGGAAACAGCCUGAGAGGUCACCAGUCUGUUGCAGAAGAGCUCGACUGUCCAAUCAGAGCAGACUAACAGUAACUAUGAGUGUAACUUUGUAAUCUAAUGGUGACCAGUUACUGGCUGAUGCAUUCUGUUUAUGUAUGAAAACAUAUUUAAAACACAGACAUGCAAAUUCAUUAACUCAAAGCCUGUAAUUCUGGAUUAUAGAUCUUUGUCUUUAGAUAGAUUCAACUGUUUACAUUUUUACCAUGCUAGCUAUUGUUUAUACUAUUCUGUUACCAUUAAACAAACAUAAAGAAAAUAUAAGACUUACCUUCUAAUGAAUAUUUCCUCCCAUUUCCUUUUUUGGUUCUAAAAUUUUCAAUGACUUCUAUGCAAAAAUAAACUUUUUACAUGCUGUUUCUAGAAUUUGUUUUAUUACAAGACAAUUAUUGUGAUAAAUUAAGAACAAGUACGAUUUAAAAGUUUUACAGAAUCUCUCAUUAACUAACUUUUAAUUACUAAGUUCAAACAAAUAUAUUUUUAAAGGUGAAAAUUGGGGUUUAACAUGUACUUGUGGCCUUUUGUUUUGAUUAUGUAGAACAUAUUUUAAGAAAAACUUAUUCAAAUUGCUGGGAAUCAGGACCAGAUCCAAAAAAAAAAAAAA